GACCAUCUAAAAGUGGCAGAUCAUUGUCUGGAAACUGAAUGUCCACUGGUGGUCGACCUUCAAUAGGACCAGGGGGCGGCCCAUCAAUUUCAAACAGUCGACCAUCUAUGUCUGGUAGUAGAAAGUCUAUGAUACAGAUUCCUAGGUUUGGUCAAGCACAAAAAAGCAGGUUGUCUAGAGGAAGUGGUAUAGGAAUGAGAAGUAAUGGUGUCCCAAAAGAUCCAAGACCAGUGUCAGACAAGUCUUAUCAACAGAAAUCUAUAAAGAUAGUAUUAGAGAUAUUUUACCAGUAUGAUGACACACGGUUUGGGGAGGUGGCAUUGAUGGUUAAUAGAGAAAACAUGCCUAGAAUCACAAGUUUAGAACUCCUCGGAAGGUCUAUCCAUCAAGAGUGUCAAGCAUUUAAUUGGCUGUUCAAGUUUGAAGCUAGUAUACCUUUACAGCGCUGA